UCCUCGUGUAGCCCGUAGCCGGCAUGGCGCACUAUAAUUUCAAGAAGAUUACGGUGGUACCGUCCGCCAAGGACUUCAUUGAUCUCACAUUAUCGAAGACUCAACGAAAGACUCCAACAGUGAUUCAUAAACAUUACCAAAUCCAUCGCAUUAGACAUUUUUAUAUGAGAAAAGUCAAAUUUACUCAACAGAAUUACCAUGAUAGACUCUCACAGAUUCUAAUGGAUUUCCCCAAAUUGGAUGACAUCCAUCCAUUUUAUGCUGAUUUGAUGAAUAUACUCUAUGAUAAGGAUCAUUACAAGUUGGCUCUAGGACAAAUAAAUAUUGCCAAAAAUUUAGUGGACAAUGUUGCUAAAGAUUAUGUGCGACUUAUGAAAUACGGUGAUUCUCUCUACCGCUGCAAGCAACUGAAGCGAGCUGCCUUGGGGCGGAUGUGCACUAUUAUCAAGAGACAGAGGCAGAGUUUGGAAUAUUUGGAACAAGUGCGACAACAUUUGUCUCGCUUGCCAACUAUUGACCCAAAUACAAGGACUCUGCUUUUGUGUGGGUAUCCAAAUGUUGGAAAAUCCAGCUUUAUUAAUAAGGUGACAAGAGCAGAUGUGGAUGUUCAGCCCUAUGCGUUUACCACCAAGUCUUUGUUUGUCGGGCACAUGGAUUACAAGUAUCUGCGUUGGCAGGUAGUAGAUACUCCAGGGAUUUUGGAUCAUCCUUUGGAGGAUCGGAACACCAUCGAAAUGCAGGCCAUCACAGCCCUGGCCCACCUUCGAGCUGCGGUCCUGUAUGUGAUGGAUUUGUCUGAGCAGUGUGGACAUGGGUUGAAGGAGCAAUUAGAGCUCUUCCAGAAUAUUAGACCUCUCUUUAUCAACAAGCCUCUUAUAGUCGUAGCAAACAAAUGCGAUGUGAAGCGAAUAGCUGAACUUUCUGAAGAGGAUCAGAAAAUAUUUAUAGAUUUGCAGGCUGAAGGAUUCCCUGUAAUAGAGACCAGCACCCUGACUGAGGAAGGUGUUAUUCAAGUUAAAACAGAGGCUUGUGAUAGGCUUUUGGCUCAUCGAGUGGAAACCAAAAUGAAAGGAAAUAAAGUGAAUGAAGUGCUGAACAGAUUGCAUUUAGCUGUGCCAAACAAAAGAGACGAUAAGGAAAGGCCUCCUUUCAUUCCAGAAGGAGUGGUGGCACGUAGGAAGAGGAUGGAAAUUGAGGAGCCCAAGAAGAAAAGGGAACGAGAUCUUGAACUGGAAAUGGGAGAUGAUUAUAUUUUGGAUCUUCAAAAAUAUUGGGAUUUAAUGAAUUCGUCUGAGAAGUAUGAUAAGAUACCAGAGAUCUAAGGCCAUAAUGUCGCUGAUUAUAUUGAUCCUGCUAUCAUGAAGAAACUGGAAGAGUUAGAAAAGGAAGAAGAGCUCAGAACAGCUGCUGGGGAAUAUGACAGCGAGUCUGAAAGUGAAGAUGAGGAAAUGGUGGAGAUCCGACAGCUGGCAAAACAGAUUAGAGAAAAAAAGAAGUUGAAAAUUCUGCAAUCUAAAGAAAAGAAUACACAAGGACCCAUACCUCGAACUGCUAAGAAGGUUCAGCGGACAGAUUUGGAGAAUGAGAUGCGUAGUCUUGGCAUUGACAUGGAUGAUAAAGACAAUACCCACUAUGCACUGCAGGCAAGAAGGUCUCGGAGUGUCACUAGGAAAAGAAAGCGGGAAGAAUCUGUUCCACCUUCUUCUGUAGUUCGGAGUCGGAGUUGCUCUCGGGCUCCACGUGAUGUAUCUGGUCUUCGGGAUGUUAAGAUGGUGAAGAAAGCCAAGACUAUGAUGAAGAAUGCUCAGAAGAAGAUGAAUCGCUUGGGGAAGAAGGGGGAGGCAGAUAGACAUGUGUUUGAUAUGAAACCCAAGCAUUUACUCUCGGGAAAGAGGAAAGCUGGUAAAAAGGACAGGAGAUAGUGUCCUUCGCAGUUGACUGGGCUGACUCGGUGGCUGUGAUUGGUUUUUUUGGUUUGGUAUGGUUUUAUAAAAUUGGAAUCAUGGUCAGUUAACUGAAACAGCAAUAGAAAUAACUAAGGUAUGCUUGUUUCUUUAUUGAAAACUGGUUAAAUUGUGUAGGUGUGGGAAAUUUUUGUCACUUCAUAUACUAUAAAUAUUUUGAAUAGAAAGUAUUUCUGCAUUUAAUAGAGUGAUGAUUGCUUCACAUUUGCAGAGCUAGAAAGAUUUAUUGGUGUGACUGGUUAUUUUUGUUUUGAUUUUUGUGACUGGUUGUUUUUGGUGGAGAAAAAACUUCCUUUUGUAAAAGAAAACUUUGAUUCAUCACAAGUGAAGAAAGCAUCUUCACUUUUGGGUGUAGCAGAAGGCUACAUCCAUGCCCUGCACACUUGGAAGUUUGUGACUGCACAGCCCCAUGCUUAAAGUAACUUAUUUUCUAGACUUUUCCUACAAUGUAUCAUUGUACUCUGUCUUCAGCUGUUUUAUCCAGAAUAAACCUCUAGAGGAACAGAGUUUUGAUGUAGUUAGUUGUGUUCUGGUUUAGUUACAAAUCACCAUUGACUUGACCAAAUGGAAAAGGAAAAAAGACAUGAGCUUUCUUUUGUUUUUAAGGAGAAUACACUUUUGGGGGGAAUAAAAUGCACAGAUUAUUAU